GCAUGAAUCUAUUCAAGGGCAUUAUCGUCACACCAAUCCCAAGAAAAAGUACCACACUGACUCACCACACCACACUCAAUUUCAUCAAAUCAUAACGAAAACCAAACCACACCACUUCCAUUUAUUAAUCUUCUUCUUCUUCUUCUUCUUCUUUGAUCUUCAAUUCAUUAUGAUUCUCUCUGCUCUGCUAACCUCCGUCGGAAUCAAUCUAGGUCUCUGCUUUCUCUUCUUCACUCUCUACUCUAUUCUUCGAAAGCAACCAUGGAAUGUCGCCGUCUACGCUCCAAGAUUGGUUUCUCAAGGUCAAUCUCAACAAACUCAUGAUUUCAACUUCGACAGGCUCUUACCUACUGCUGGUUGGGUCAGAAAUGCAUGGGAGCCUUCCGAUCAACAACUCAUCUCCACUUUGGGAUUGGAUGCUGUCGUUUUUACUCGUAUUUUUGUAUUCAGUUUGAAAGUGUUUACGUUUGCGGCUGUUGUUGGAAUUUUUGUGCUACUUCCGGUUAAUUAUUUGGGGAAUCAGCUUGAGUAUGAUUUUUCUGACUUGGGGAACAAGUCUUUGGAUUCUUUCAGUAUUUCUAAUGUCAAUGAUGGCUCAAAGUGGUUAUGGGUUCACUUUUGUGCUGCAUAUAUUUUUACUGGAGUUGUCUGCUACUUUCUUUAUGAUGAGCAUUGUUAUAUUUCAUCGAAAAGGAUUGCUUACUUCUAUUCAUCUGAACCUAAGCCUAAUCAAUUUACAAUCUUAGUUCGAGCUAUUCCUGUAUCAUCUGAGAGCAGCUGUAGUGAAACUGUUGAGAGAUUUUUUACGGAGUAUCAUCCUUCUACAUAUCUCUCACAUGCAGUAGUUCGUCGAACUGGCAAACUUCAAGGUCUCAUAAGUGACGCUGAGAAGAUGUACAAAAAGCUUGCCAAUCUAAAACUCACUCAACCUGAGCACAGGUUAAAGCGCGAUGGCUUUAUGGGGAUAUUUGGAAGAAAAGUUGACCAGUUGGAUAAAUAUGAAAAGAAGUUGGAAGAUUUGGAAGAUAACGUAAGAAUGGAGCAGUCUUCAUUGGCAGGAAAGGAAGUUCAUGCUGCUUUCGUUUCAUUUAAGUCACGACUGGGUGCUGCAGUAGCUCUGCACAUUCCACAAAGUGAAAAUCCCACUGAAUGGAUCACUGAGAGAGCUCCAGAACCCAAAGAUGUUCACUGGCCCUUUUUUUCUGCAUCAUUCCUAAAGAGAUGGAUCAGCAAGCUUGUGGUGAUUGUCGCAUGUGUUGCCCUUACGAUUCUUUUCCUUAUUCCUGUAGUUUUAGUUCAAGGUCUCACUCAUCUUGACCAGUUAGAAACCUGGUUCCCUUUUCUAAAAGGCAUACUGAAACUAACGGUUGUUAGUCAAGUCAUUACAGGAUACCUUCCCAGUCUUAUUCUUCAGCAGUUCUUAUCUUUUGUGCCACCUACCAUGAUAAUCUUAUCUUCCAUCCAAGGAUAUAUUUCAUUUAGUCAGAUAGAAAAUAGUGCUUGUAAGAAGGUACUCUGGUUUACUAUAUGGAACAUUUUCUUUGCCAAUGUACUAUCUGGAUCAGCUCUCUAUCAGGUCAAUGUCUUUCUUGAGCCUAAAAAUAUUCCUAAAGUACUUGCUGAAGCAGUACCAGCCCAGGCGGCAUUUUUCAUUGCGUAUGUUGUUACUUCGGGAUGGACCAGUGUAUCAUCAGAACUUUUCCGGCUGAUGCCCCUGCUUUGCAGUUAUAUAAAGAGAGUAUUUGCAGCAGGAAAGUCUGAUGAUGAAUUUGAGGUUCCAUCAAUUUCAUAUCACAGUGAAAUUCCCAGACUCCUCUUCUUUGGACUCUUGGGUGUGACAUACUUCUUCCUAGCUCCACUUAUUCUACCAUUUCUUUUGGUUUACUAUUGUAUGGGAUACGUCAUCUACCGAAACCAGCUGUUGAAUGUAUACUCUCCCAAAUAUGAAACUGGAGGCAAGUUUUGGCCAAUCAUGCACUACUCAACAAUUUUUUCUCUGAUACUUAUGCAUGUCAUUGCAAUUGGUCUAUUCGGCCUUAAAAAGGUUCCACUGGCUGCCAGUUUGAUUGUUCCUCUUCCAAUCCUAACACUUCUUUUCAACGAGUACAUUCGAAAAAGAUUUGUGCCAAUAUUCCAAGCCUAUCCUGUUGAGAGUUUGGUUAAGAAAGAUAAAGAGGACCAGAAUAAUCCUGCUAGGGACGAAUUUUAUGAUAAGCUAGUAGAUGCAUACAAAGAUCCAUCUAUGUCGUCUACUCGAUAUACACGAAAUGGCGAUGAACACACCUCUCCUCUACUUCAUUCUGCCGAAGCCUGAAAAGAGCUUAUAUUCCCUACGGUACUGUAUCAUUAUAUGAUUUUCUACUACCUAUUUAUACUUACUGUACAGUGUGCUAUGUUGUUGAUGAGUUUUCUUUUUUCCAGAAAUACCAAAGAAACAAAAUUUAACAUUAGAGUGAAGCUUGUUGUGUAACAUUGUAUUUGUCUAGGUCAUAAGUUCUCCAUAAGGACUUGAUUUUUGCUCUCAGAUAACACAUUGUUUGAUUCUUCUCUUUCAUGGCAGAUAAGUUAUUUGUUAUAAUUUAUGCUAA